AUGUCGAACAUGAACGGAAAUGUGCUGGCCUGCCUCAGCCUCAUCCUCAGAUCCGCUCAUGCCUUCAACCCAGAAGCUUGUCUCCGGCCCUGCGCAAACGGAGUCUGCGUGGAACUGCUGGACUCGCUCACCUGCUCGGAAACGCUUUCCAUCCUUGGGUGCGACUGCGGCGGCUGCUGCAUGGACUAUGCGAUCAUCGCCGCAGCCGAGGAGGCGGGCCUGACUCUGGACGAGGAGGACGCGACGAGCCUCCGCGCCGGCGCGGCCAUCGUUGGCGCUCUGCUCAUGUGCUACCGCCACCUCUCGCUGCUGCGGCGCAGGCUCUCGCUCACACACUCGGCCAUCGCGGACUCCGCCAAGGAGGUGGCGGCGGAGGCGGUCCAGCUCGGGGCCGAGGCGAGGCGCCGGCUCGCCGCUGCUGCAGAUAGGCGAGGCACCGCGCAUGGCAGCGAGACGGGGGUGCCGUCCCCGCUCUCCUUCUCGUUUGGCGCCGGGACGAUCGGCCUCGUCCUGGUGGACGACAUCCCAAGCGACAGCGUCAUCAUCACGGCCACCGCCUGCGCGGCGCUCGAGCAGGGCGUGCCGCCUUCCUCAACCGUGCUCGCGCUCAACGGCAUCGACGUGAGCGGCCUCACUGCGGAGGAGCUGAUGCUCGUGCUCCAGAGGUCCGCGCGGCCGCUCUCGCUGACGGUGCAGCCUCCACCGAGCGGCUUCGUCGACGCGGCGGAGGGUGCUGCGAAGGAGGGAGCGACGGUCGAGGCGGUGCAGGCAGAGGAGGCGGCGGAGGCGGCGGAAGCGGAGACGCCAGGCGCCGCCGCCGCUGCGGGUGACGCGGCGGGCGAGGCGGCGGCGGGCGAGGGCUUCGCGGUGCUGGUCGAGCUCGCGAGUAACGUCGCGCACACCACGAAGGCGAGCCAGAGCAACGAGGGCGACCGCAGCGAGGGCUUCGCGGUGCUGGUCGAGCUCGCGAGUAACGUCGCGCACACCACGAAGGCGAGCCAGAGCAACGAGGGCGACCGCAGCACCGCGAACGGGCAGGGAAGUUCCGGCCCGGGUGAAACGGCAGGCGACCCCACCAUCACCGACAAGGCCAAGGCGGCCAAGGCGGCCAAGGCGGCGGCGCUGCGGGCGGAGCUCGAGUCGCUCGAGGCAAAACUGGCGGCAAUGGCGACGCGACCGGCUGCGCCGCCGGGCCGCGCGCCGCCCGGUCCGGCUCCCGAGGCGAGGGUGGGGAAGGAGCCCCUGGCAUUGCUCGUCGAGCAGCCGCUGGCGCGGUCCAGCGAGAGCCCCGCGACCGGGGCAGAGGAGGAGGCGGCAGAGAGGCAGGAGGAGCAGGCAGCUUCUCUCAAGGAGCCAGCAGCGCGUGUGGCGGCGCCCCAGGUUUCCCCCAUCGGGAAUGGCGCCGCCAGCCCCGCCAGCCCUGCCAGCCUCGCUACCCCUGCCAGCACCCCAGCCCUGUUAGGAUCAGGGCUGGAUACAACCCCUGCCCGCGGUGCGGACACCGACGUGCACCUAAGCCAGGACUGGCCGGCGCCGCCGCCGGAGGAGAUCGACGUGAGCGAUGCGGGUGCGAUGCCGGAGGAGCUCGCCGGCUCGGACGAGCCAGAGGAACUGGCGGGCUCAGAUGAGAAUGAGGAGGCGCCGCUGGCUCCGCCCGAAGCGCCACCACCACCACCACCAGCAGCGCCGCCGCCGCCCCAGCCAGAGGCGCCGCCGCCUCCGCCAGCCCCGCCAGUCGCCGCGCCGGCGCCGGCGCCCGCGUCUGCGCCCGCACCGCCGUCGCCGAGCGCUCUGGCCGCCGCGGCGGGCGAGGGCGGCGUCGUUUCCCCGGAACACGAGUCUGACACACCCGUCUAGUGUGUGCCCGGGCACAGAGAGAUUCGUGUCACGAGUCAGAGAGGCUCAGAGCGGAGCCCUACUGCUACUCUAUAAUCCUCCGUACGCGUGUAGAGCCGUAGCCCCGAGUCUACUGUUACGUGUUAGCUGCCGUGCCAUUCUGGCUAGUUCCA